UGGGUGGGGCUUGUCGUCUCCAUUUCCGGCCCGGACAUGGCUGCUGGAUGCAGGAAGCACAGAGGCUGUUGUGUACAAUCUUGAACAACAUCAGACAUUAUUUGGAAAUAAAAAUUGAACCGGUUGAUCUGCAAGUCCACUGUGUUUCCCGGGCCAGUCCGGUUUACAGUUACCGCAGACAUAAGAUUUCUGUCGGAAACAAACAAUGGCAGCUACAGCUCAACUAUUCGAGGAACCUUUUGAUGCAGAUGAGUACAUUGAGAGGCUGGCAUGGAGGACCCCUGGAGGGGGCUCUAAAGGGGGUGCUGAGGCUUUUGACCCAAAAAGGCUGCUAGAAGAGUUUGAGAACCACAUCGAAGAGCUCAAACAGCUGGACGAGCGCAUCCAGCGGCGGGUGGAGAAGCUGGAGCAGCAGUGUCACCGGGAGGCCAAGGAGUUUGCCCGUAAAGUGCAGGACCUCCAGAGGAGCAACCAGGUGGCUUUCCAGCAUUUCCAGGAGCUGGACGAGCACAUCAGCUAUGUGGCAACCAAGGUGUGUCACCUUGGCGACCAGCUGGAAGGUGUGAACACGCCACGGCAAAGAGCGGUGGAGGCCCAGCGCCUCAUGACCUACUUCAACGAGUUCCUGGAUGGGGAGCUGCGCAGCGAUGUGUUUAACAACCCUGACAAGAUUAAAGAAGCCGCUGACAUCAUUCAGAAGCUGCACCUCAUCGCACAGGAGCUGCCCUUUGACAGGUUUGCUGAUGUAAAGGCCAAGAUAGCCAGUAAAUAUCAUGACCUGGAGCGUCAGCUGAUCCAGGAGUUCACUGCUGCUCAGCGCAGGGGGGAGAUUGGCCGCAUGCGGGAGGUGGCCGCAGUGCUGCUGCACUUCAAGGGCUACGCACAUUGCGUCGACGUCUACAUUAAGCAGUGCCAGGAGGGGGCCUACGUGCGGACCGACGUCUUCGAGGACACGGCCGUCUUGUGCCAGCGGGUCAACAAGCAGGUGGGCGAGGUCUUCUGCAGCCCCGAGACCGUCAUGGCCAAACUCAUCCAGAACAUCUUCGAGAACAAACUGCAGACCCACGUAAGAGAAAAACUGGAGGAGACCCGGCGGUCCGACUCGGAGCAGUACCUCAAAAACCUGUAUGACCUCUACACCAGGACGACGGGUCUGGCCACCAAGCUGACGGAGUUCAACCUGGGCUCGGACAAGCACACCUUCCUGUCCAAGCUGAUCAAGAACAUAUUCUCCUCCCACCUGGAGAGCUACAUGGACAUGGAGCGCGAGUACCUGCGCACGCGCAGCGCCAUGAUCCUGCAGCGCUACUACGACUCAAAGAACCACCAGAAGCGCCCGCUGGGCACCGGCAGCAUCCAGGAGCUGAAGGAGCGGAUCCGACAGCGCACCAACCUGCCGCUGGGGCCCAGCAUCGACACCCACGGCGAGACCUUCCUCUCCCAGGAGGUGGUGGUCAACCUGCUGCAGGAGACGCGCCACGCCUUCGAGCGCUGCCACAGGCUGUCAGACCCCUCAGACCUGCCCAGGAAUGCCUUCUCCAUCUUCCUGCUGCUGGUGGAGCACCUGUGUGUAGACCACAUCGACUACGCCCUGGAGAUCGGCCUGUCAGCAAUCCCCUCGGCGGACGCCAAGAACGCCAACCUCUAUUUCCUGGACGUGGUCCAGCAGGCCAACACCAUCUUCCACCUCUUCGACAAGCAGUUCAACGACCACCUAAUGCCCCUCAUCAGCUCGUCCCCCAAGCUCACCGAGUGUCUGCACAAGAAGAAAGAAGUGAUUGAGCAGAUGGAGGUGAAGCUGGACACCGGCAUCGACAGGACUCUGAACUGCAUGGUGGGCCAGAUGAAGUACAUCCUGACCACUGAGCAGAAGAAGACGGACUUCAAGCCAGAGGACGAGAACAACGUCAACAUCCAGUACACCACCGCCUGCUCCAAGGUUUGCGCCUACGUCAGCAAGCAGGUGGAGAAGGUGCGUCAGUCCAUGGACGGGAAGAACGUGGACACGGUGCUGACGGAGCUGGGCGUGCGUUUCCACCGCCUCAUCCAUGAGCACCUGCAGCAGUUCAGCUACAGCUCCAUGGGCGGCAUGCUGGCCAUCUGCGACGUGGCCGAGUACCGCCGCUCCGCCAAAGACUUCCGGGUCCCUCUGGUCCUGCAGCUCUUUGACACUCUCCAUGCCCUCUGUAAUCUUCUUGUGGUUGCCGCAGACAACCUCAAGCAGGUGUGCUCAGGAGAGCAGCUUACCAAUCUGGACCGAAACUUGCUGCACGCCUUCGUCCAGCUAAGAGCCGACUAUCGUUCCUCCAGGCUGGGCCGACAUUUCAGCUAAUGACCACCAGGGGUCACUGUAACUUCCUCGUAGCCAAUGACACUACCGCCCAAUCACACCACACCUUCCAUAUUUCUGCAUCUACCUUCUAUACUCCACAGCAUCAUCCCCACAAACAAACAUACCCAGCUUCCCUAGACAGCCAAUCAGGAGUGAUAUUAAAAUCCUGCACCUUGUAUUUCAGUCAGCUUCCUUCUGGCUUAUCGUAGACUUUCAGAGGAACUCACCCAGUGAAUUACAGAAACCUCCAAUGGGUCUGGACUCGUGCACUUUUCAAGAUAUUCAAACCUGCACUGACUGCAAUGCCAUUCUGCCCAUUCCUGUUUUACUGGGCCUAGUUUAACUGUCAGAAAUGUAAUCCCUCUAAUAUUGACAGACACCGAUAGAGAGCAUUUCAUCUGUUCUAUAUCCUGGCUGUUUCUAAAACAACCAUAGCUGUAUUAGAUAGACGAGAAUGACUGAACAGUUGAAUUUUUAGGAGCUCACUUCUGUUCCUUUUUUGUUGUUGCUUUCAUUGUGCCAAAUAUGAGUGCUGUGAGGAAGAGCAGCUCUGAAGGAGCCUGCCGUUCAGCCUUGCUAAGGUCUCCAAAGCACUGCUUAUUUUGGGAUGGGGGGGGGGGGGUCGCUACGGGCCAGCUCUGCUCUGGGAAGCGGACUGGAACUAAACCCCGGCCGCGGCGCAUUCUCCCCGGCGUUCCCAGGCCAGAGUCCGCCGCGCCAGGCGCGGAGAGGAACGCAGCAGCUGCCUUUGCCCUUUGACCCCUCGGGGGAGGUCAGUCUCAUGUCGAGAACACGGUGGUCUCCCCGCUAAUCGCGUCUGACGUAUGUCCAGGUGACCGGCUCGCCGCUCCGGUCGAGGUGGAAGCCCCAGUGAUGUCACCGAAAGCCGUUUCGCCACAAAGAUCAGAGAGUGGCUGAGGCUCACCAGGAGACAGUCUCACGCAGACGCUCCCAUGCACAGGAGUAGGCUCUUUGCUGCGAUUCAGAGCGGGCUUCUCUCUCGACUCCCCACAGCAUCUUAGCAUUCUAAAGAACCUUUGUUACAGAAACUUUUUUUUUUUUGUCCGCGCUCUGUAGAAUCUACAGUAGUCGAUGGUCACAUGAUUGGGGCAGCAUGGUUGGUGUUUUGUUUCUGUUGAGUCACUAAGGCCCAAAGCAGGGCUGUCCUUGCCUCCAUCCCCAUGCUGCCACUGUACAGCUCCUCGCCUUUGUUAAUGAUUAAUAAAGAAGGUUAUGUUGUGUUAAA